AUGCAGGGCAUGAUAUCAGCUGUGUGCUGCUUCCUGCUCAUAUGUCAAGCCACUGCUGUAUGGGCCGGACAUCAUAAACAUGAUCAUUUACAUCGACACUUUGGCCGGGAUAAAGUUACUUCAGUUGAGGUUGCUGCACCAAAGUCUACAUCUGUCUCCCAUGAGAACCACUUCGGACAUACAGAGGCUGCCCAGAAAGUCUCCGAGGCUUUGAAAGCGCUAUCGGUCAUCAAUAAGCUACGCAUUGAAAAUAUCAAUUUCAACAACUACACUCUGGAUGAUAAAAUCAAGAGCUCCGAAAAAAGAGAUUCUGCUCCUCCCCUGGAUUAUUCGAAGAAUACUGUGGCCAAGCUUUCUGCUUCUCUUGCAAAUGCUUCCCCCUCUGGAUCCCUAAAGAAGAAGCGUGACACCGCAUCCAAGAAAAGCUUUGCCUACACAAUUCCAAAGGACCUUGCAGAAGCUGCUCGUGAGCUAGCGGAGUCAUCACCUCCAUCCCCUAGUAGGGGAGAGGAGACAAAGUUGGCCGCAAAAGUCAGAGCGAAGUAUGGAUCAAAGUCCAACGAUACCAAUAGGCCUCCACAGCGUCUCCAAAGUUCGAAUGGAUUGUUCGAGUAUAAUGAAGAUGACGGCGUGAAGUAUCUGGCUGCAGAUGAGACCAAUCAGGCUAAAUUGAACAAACGUGCUACCUCCGGAUCUAGCUACUGGCUGGCAAAUCUUGAACAGAGAGGAACUAGCCCGUACGCUUCAGACGAUUACAAGGUCUGGAGAAAUGUGAAGGAUUACGGCGCAAAGGGAGACGGUGUGACUGAUGACACUGCUGCAAUCAACAAGGCAAUCUCAGAUGGUGGUCGAUGUGGAGCGAAUUGUGGCUCUAGUACGAUCUUUCCCGCAGUUGUCUUCUUUCCUCCCGGAAACUAUCUUGUCAGCAGUCCUCUCAUCCAGUAUUACAACACUCAAUUCCUCGGCGAUCCUACGGACUAUCCAACUAUUCUUGCUGCUGCAAGUUUCGUUGGCCUCGGAGUGAUCACCUCUGAUGUCUAUGUUGGAGACUCGGAGGAAUGGUACCUGAACACGAACAACUUCCUGCGCAGCGUUCGUAACUUCAAGAUGGAUAUUACUCGCACUGAUCCUGGUGCCUAUGUUUGUGCCAUCCAUUGGCAAGUCGCUCAAGGAACCACACUCGAGAACAUUGACUUCUAUAUGUCUCAAGCAGCUGGAAAUACACAGCAGGGUAUUUAUAUGGAGAAUGGAAGCGGAGGAUUCAUGGGCAACCUCACCUUUGUGGGUGGAAAUUUCGGUGCUUACCUUGGAAACCAGCAAUUCACUACAAGCGAGUUGGUGUUUGUGAAUUGCAAAACUGCUGUUCAAGUCCACUGGGAUUGGGCAUGGACGAUGCAAGAUGUUGUCAUAGAGUCAUGCGAAACUGGAGUUGUUAUUGUUGGAGGAGCUGGUGGCCCAAUGAGUGAUGGCCAAUCUGUCGGGGCUUAUAUCCUAGUUGAUGCUAUCAUAGCCAACACACCGACGGGAAUCCUCACAUCCUCAUACGAAGACAACUCUACCGCAGUUCUUCUACAGAAUGUGGGUUUUUUCAAUGUCCAGAAGGCAAUUGUCUCAGACACCCGCUCAGAGCCUCUCCUAGCAGGCGGAGAUGAAGUCAUGCUUGACACUUGGGGCUUUGGCCUCUACGCCGACGAAAGUGGCAUGCAUUUUGCUCAACAGGUUCAACUACCAUCUCUCAAUCGCAAGAGUUCUUUAACUGGCAGCAAGUCCUAUGUGGAUGGGACCUUCAACUUCUUCACUAGGCGCCGUCCUCAGUAUCACGAUCUUGGUGGUGGGGAAGUGUUGGAUGUGAAGGCCUACGGUGCAAAGGGCGAUGGUGUCACAGAUGACACAGCAGCUUUGAACAGUGUUCUGGCCUUUGCGGCGAAUAUUUCCGCAAUUGUUCAUAUCCCGUAUGGAGUUUAUGUGAUCAAGGAUACUGUUCAUAUACCACUCGGAUCCCGAAUCAUUGGUCAGGCUUGGCCGCAAAUCAUGGCAAAGGGUACCAAGUUUGAGGAUAUGGAGAGCCCCCAUGUGGCUGUUCAGGUUGGAAAUGAGGGAGAUGUUGGAGUUAUUGAGAUUCAGAAUAUGAUGUUCACUUCAUCUGGGCCUACAGCUGGGGCUGUUCUCAUGGAAUGGAAUGUCCAUGAAUCUAGUCAAGGGUCCGCCGGACUUUGGGAUUCUCACUUCCGGGUGGGUGGCGCUAUUGGAUCUCAACUCCAAGCAGACAAAUGCCCCAAGAAAGCUUCGUCAUUAAACGAAGACUGUGUUGCUGGGUCACUCAUGCUUCGCAUUACUAAACGGGCUUCGGCCUAUAUGGAGAAUAUUUGGGCGUGGGUCGCAGAUCACGAUAUGGACAUAGAGUCACAGGAUCAAGUCGACAUCUACGUGGCACGAGGUAUUCUUGUGGAGAGCCAAGGACCAACGUGGAUGUAUGGUACAGCGUCCGAGCACAGUGUACUAUACCAGUAUCAACUAUCUGAAGCCAAGGACUUGGUUGUGGGGAUGAUUCAGACAGAAUCUCCUUAUUUCCAGCCUAGUCCUCCAAUGCCAGAGCCUUUUACUCUUGGAAGAUUCCCAAAUGACCCCGUGGAUGUUGAUUGCGAAACUUGCACAAGCUCCUGGGCAAUGAGAAUCGUGGACUCAGAAUCUAUCUCUAUUCUCGGGGCAGGAAUGUAUAGUUGGUUCAGGUCUUACUCCCAGGACUGCCUACAAACAAACAACUGCCAAGACAAGGCCUUCUAUGUUGAGCAAAGCAGUGGAGUCUGGCUGGUCAAUCUUGUGACAAAGGCAAUUGUUCAAUCUAUCAGCCCUCUUGAUGAAACAGCUAUUUGGUCCAGAGAUUCUCGAAACGGAUAUACCUCGUCAUUGCUUGGCUGGUUCCGUGCGGAGGAAGAUGUCAUUGGCAAGCGCAACUUCACCGGAUUUUAUCUAUUUGAAGAUCAGUACGAUGAGAAUUUGCUGAACACGCUCCCGUCAGCUUGUCAAUCUGCACUAACGCAGGUGAUUGACUGUCCUGAUAAGAUCCAAGGAUUCCAAGCUGCUAAUUGGCAAGGCGGAUUUGAGAAUGAUACACUCAGCAAGCAGGUGUGUUCUGCUGAAUGCGAGGUUUCCAUAAAGUCGUGGUUUAGCCAUGUCACCGAAAACUGCGCAGACGUAAAUCAGACCAAUAUCGUCCUUAAUGCCAGGGGAGGCAGGCUCUGGGCAUCAUGGAAUCAAACCUGUGUUCAAGACCCCGAUACAGGGGAAUAUUGCGGCGAUGUCUUGAACAAACAAACUUCCUGGGACGAAUCUACUGAUGAGCUUUGCUCGUUCUGUAGAGUGGAUCGUUACAAAAAGAUGCAAUCUAGUCCAUACUCUUACUACAGUGAAAUUUGGAAAUCGAAAUUGGAAGAAAUCAACUCCAAGUGUGGACUCGAUAUACCUACGGAUAUCCCCGAUCCGCUGACUCCAACCCUUGAUCCCUAUGAGCCUACAACGGAUUUCUGUGCCUCUGAUGUGACUUAUACGUCUGUGAAAGGAGACACCUGUGACUCAAUUUCCCAGGCUCACAAAGUCGCGUCUGCUGCUCUUUUCAUGGGCAACGUCAACCUGAAAUUCUGCGACAAUAUUCCUGUGGGAACGAAACUUUGCAUCCCAUUCGAGUGUGCCAAUAUCUAUACUCUUCAAGCAAACGACACCUGCAGUUCCAUCGAAAAGGCCCAGAAUAUCGGGUACCAGGAUGGUCUUACUCUGAAGAAUUAUAAUCCGUGGCUGGACAACGAGUGUACAAAUCUGCACAUGAACAGCAACGUGGCUUAUGGGCAUGUCAUUUGUCUUGGUCCGCAGGCAGGAAAUUCAACGGGGGACGCUCCAGAUACAGACACCACCACGCCGGACUACAGCGAUGGCUACGCCAUUCCAGAAAUUCCUCCUCCCGACAAUGUACCCGUUGCCGAUGGAACAACUCUGCGGUGUGGUAAGUGGCACGUUGUUAGCAACGAGCAGCUUGAAGAGACUUGCACAACGAUUUGCGUUCAGGAAUCGAUACCUUGGAGUCUGUUCCUGGACGUAAAUCCAUCUUUGAGUGCGGAUAGCUGUACCUCUAAAUUGGUCGUUGGGACCGCAUAUUGUGUAGGACCAACCUAUGGAUGGGAUUUUGAAUUUGAUGGUGCGGACGAUGAAUUAUAA